AUGGACGUAAUACCAGAUAUGGAUGACUUAUUGAAUGAACUGGAAGCUGCUGAAACAACCCAAAAGCUGAAGUAUAAUGCGAAUGACCCGGUAAUAAACCCUAAAGUUGCCCUCUUAGCUUCUUCGAAUGAUUUUAUUGAUAAACAAAAUGGCACUCAUAUCCUGCAUAACGAUCACAUUGAAGAAGUCAGCAAUGAUGCCGAAGCUACAAGCGUUUUAUCUGAUAUUAUCACUUCUUUAUCAUCGAAUGAAAAUGGGAGUUUGCAACACAAUAUGGAGGCAAACGAUGUUAUUGAAGAUGUUACUGAAGUUCUGAAGGAUUCAACAAAUGAAAGGUCAAUUUCGGCGGACACUGCUGACUGUAAGAAAGAUGGAACGGAAGUUACGGAUGAAGUGGACAGGAUAGCUGAACGAUACGCUGAAAUGGAACACUAUUUGAACAGUUGUGACACGAACGACACUUCUAUAAAUAUUUCGGAGCAGUCUGACAGAGAAGUUCGAUCCAUAUUUCCUGCAGCGAAAGCGAUUAAAGACGAAGUUAUCAAUGUAGAAGAAGCAGAUAGGAAAUGUCUUUCUGAUGAGCUAAAUUCCGAUAGGAAUUUUCGAUCAGCUUCUGAACUGGAAAACGAAACGAAUCGAGGAGUAAGAAAUACAGUCGUGGAAAUGGCUGUCGAAAACGUUAUACCAGAAUGUGAAGUAAUCUUAUGUACCGCCAUUGAUGAACAGCCGGUCGAUGAAGUGUCACGUGAUACAUCCGUAACUGCGGGUGAAGAUUCAGGCUUAGAUGAUACGCAAGAAGACGUCAGCGUAUGUAUUAAUGGCAGUACCACGUUAGUGGAACGUCCGUCAUUAUCAUCUUGUGCGCAGUCAUCUAUCACAGUAGAAAAUAUUGAAGAGACUAUUAAUGAAGUUGAAAAAUCAAACAAUGAAAAUGAUACAGAAAGGCGAGAAAAUGAUAAUGAAGGAGAACAGCAAUCAGAAUUGGUAGAAGAUAAUAAUGUUCAUUCAGUGAAUGAAUGUGAAAUACUAGCACCAAUAGCUGAUGAAGCGCAAGCUGUUUCCGUGGUUUCGAGCACGCAUGAUAUAUCAUGCGAUUCUGGCGUGAAAUAUUUGACUGAAAGCGAACGUCAACUUGGGAAGAAGAAACCAAUAUGGAUAGAUGAUAAAGAAACGUUAUCAUGCAUGUUAUGUUGCAUUAAAUUUACAGUUUUCGUUAGACGACAUCAUUGUAGAUGCUGUGGUCGUGUCUUAUGUGCUCGUUGUACCACUCAGAAGUCACCGUUAUCAUAUGUAAAUAAUCCAAAGAAGGAAUAUCGUGUUUGUGAUCCAUGCUUCGAAACAUUAAAACGUAUUGAAGAGUCCGAAAAGAAUGCAAGAACGGGUGAAUUAGCUGAUAUGAAUGAAUCUGGUCAUUCAUCAGAUAUUCCGGUUACAAAACCAGCGUUGAAAGUAAGAGAAAAAUCAGAAAAUAUUAUCAAUACCAGUGAUAAUCAAGGUUCAUUAUCCAAUGACGCAGCACGUGGUAACUCUUCAAUAAAACGGAACGUUACAUUCCGUGAUGGUCUUCAUCCAGGUUACAGUUCUAAUGAAAUUCAAUCAUCAACUACUGAUAUGGGUUCUUCAAAACCAAAGAAGCAUGACUCGAGAAGACAUAUAUCACGACGUUUGCUUCAACUUCACGUCGCUGAUGAAUGUGUAUGCCUUUUGCCUGAUAUUGACUUAACUUCUAAUGUCAAGGAAACAUCAGUUAAUGGUAAUCAACAUGCAGCAGUCGGAAAUAAUUGUUUAUAUGUGCGAAGUAAUAAUGGUUCCAUAAUAGAAUGUGAUAAUAUUCAAGAUUUAAUCACUUCGUUGAAAAAUUUCGAACCAGCUGAAGUGAUGAUUUUUCGGAAUUUGUGGUGUAUUAUCAAGUUAUGUAAAUAUGAAAAUAAAACUGUAAUGUGUAUUAUAUCAAGAGGAAUGUCAUUUGUUGGAUUAGACGAAAUUUUCCUUGCUUAUUACUGUGAUACGGAAUUCUUCGAAUUACCAAUCGAUUAUCUAUGGAGGAUAUACGAAAUUUAUCAGGAUGCAUUGUCCCCACGCAGUGAAUCAUCAGAUGAAGAAUUAGGAAUACGUUUAUCGCAUAAUCGUACUCCAUCACUGAAUCGAACAAUCCGAUUCUCAAAUUCUGAUAAACCGGUAGCACGCGAUAUACUUCUGUUUAGACCAUCUGUUCAGACAUUUGAAAAUUUCUUAGUACCUUCUUCGUCAUUUUUGGUUGCAACAUUCAUUUAUCAGUGUGAGUCAAUUUGGGCAACUGUGAUACCACAACGGCUGCUUUUUAGACUUGGUCUUCAAGCUUCAUUUUACCCUACACCAAUUAUAAAUGAUUUGAACCGUGAACCGGUGUAUAAUUCAAUAUUUGAUGCGAGUGUCUUGAAAAUGUUCAAUGAUUUUCGAAAUUGGCGUUUUCAAAUGCCUUUUAUAUUGGGUAGCACAUUAACGGUACGAGAUAACAGCGAGUCUAUUCUAAUUAUUCCAACUUGGGCAUUGGAAGAGAUAAUCAAGUUGAUCAAAGAAAAUAAAAAUAUGGUUGCAUGGUGUCUUGAUUUUAGUCCUGAUGCUGAUAGUUAUCUUGUCUGCAAGCAAGAUAAUGCCGGUUGUUUCAACUCACAAAUUUUCAGAAAUGGCAUUGGAAAUCGAAAAGUAACUGGUGCUUCUUUUAUUGUUAUUGAUGGAGCUUUGAAGGAUGGUGGAGAACCACUUUCAGUGAAUGUUUUAGAAGAUGGUAUGACAGUUCGUUUUCGAUCGGAUAUAAUGGAAUCACUUAUUGAAGCACUCUUGGUCGGGCAGGAUUUUGAGCAUGACUCACCGGCAAUGAAAUUUUCAGUGAAGUGGGAUAAUGAUUCAUACAGAGAGCAGCCUAUUGGUGGAUUGAUAUCUCCAAUUGAUAAUCGUUCAUUAAUUGGUUGUUAUCAGUAUGGUUUAAAAAAAUCAAGAAUUUUGCGAUCAUCACAUCCAAUACCGAAUCAAAUGUAUUGGUCCCUUAGAUUGGUCAGUGUGUACAAUGUUGCAAAAGGUCGCUUCAUCCAACGUGUCCAGUCAAAAGUUUUCAGUGUUAGUGAACAAGUUGUUGCGCAAAUUGCAACAACAUUAGCACCUUUCGCCACUGCUCUCAUAGAAAAUGAUUUGAGGCAUAUCUUCUUUCGUAUUCGUGUCACUACAGAAGAUGCUGAAUAUAAGACACAACCUUGGCCUGGUAUGCAAAAAGAAUUUGCUGCAUGGUUAGAUUUCCUGGAUUAUCAGGUAGCACCAGGAUUAUUCACCGUUUGUUCAUAUGUAACACUUGGAUUUCAUGCUGAACUUCAUAUGGCUUUGAUUUCAGUUCGGCCAAACCCAUAA